CUUCUCCAUGCAAACCAUGUAUUCUACCACUGAGCCAAGCUGCCUUCCCCAGACCCUUUAAGGAUCAGCAAGAGAUCUUUGAAGCUCAGCAGCUCUAGCGACACUGGGAAGACAUGGAUAUCCUAGAGAUAGAUGCCCAAUACAGGAAAAAGGUUGCAGCCAAUAACAGGAACCUGCUAUUGAAACUGAUGCCUUUCCUGAUCUCCGGCCUUUUGUAUUUUGUCCUGCUUCUGCCUGAGCCCAGCGUUCUGAGCACUGUUCUCAAGUGCCUCCCAACACUUUCCCUGGCAUACUUCGUGGUCAUCCAGUCUCAGGGGGCCUGGACGCCCUAUGCCCAGCGGAUAUUUCAAGGCCUGCUCUUCUCAGCAGUGGGAGAUCUCUGUUUGGUGUGGCCCAAGCUUUUUUUGCCAGGAAUGGCUGCAUUUGCAGUGUGCCACGUCUUUUACAUCUUGGCGUUUGGUCUGCGUCCAUUCCGGCCACUUACCUUGCUCCUCUUCACAGGCCUGGGGGCGGCCGUUUAUAUUUAUCUCCUGCUACCCUGCAUGACGGGCCUCUACAUCUGGGCCUCGGCGGCCUACGGCGGCCUCCUCUGCACCAUGGCUGGGCGGGCUGUGUCUCAGCCGACACAUCAACUGAGUACAUCAGUGGGCAGCCUCCUUUUCCUUGUGUCUGAUAUCUUUGUUGCUCUUGAUAAGUUCUGCUCUUCGCUGCCUCAUGCUCGCCUCUUUAUCAUGAGCACUUACUACCCUGCCCAGGCUUUAAUAGCAGUUUCUGUAUCCUCACAGAACAAUCAUUGGAAGAGGAACUGAGGCCUGGUGGGGCAGGGGGCGGAGGGCAUCUAGACAAAGAGAUCGCCAGAUGUGACUCUCCAAAGAAAUUGCGAGCCUUGCUUCUCUCUCAGACCCUCCAUGUUGAUUCAGCUACUUACAGAUUGUCCAGCCAAACAUGCUUCAGGGCACUGGUGCCCUCCAUGAUGACCCCUCUGGCUCCUUUCCCUCUUUCUCUGUGUCUAUCUCCAUGGUUUUUCUAUCGGAGAAGCUUCCACCUCUCUCAAGAUCAAGCAGCGGUUAUACUAUUUAAAAAAAGUCCUCAGAUGCCUCACCACUGCCUAUUAACACUCCAACCCAGGGCUUUUUUUCUGGGAAAAGAGGUGGUGGA